CCACUAUUUUCAGUGUAUUUUGAAAAUCUGCGUCGCUUUUCCAUUACACUUCAGACUAUAAAAAUCUGUUAGAAAUAUAUCUGAUAAAACAAGUUUGAGUAUAGUUUUCGGUAAACAAUAAAGACAGAAAUCUAAAUCUACAGUAUACACAGGGAGCCCCUCACAACAUGCGAAAGAUUUCAAAAUGGCGGACGGCGCGCUUUUAGAGUACGAAUCGGCGAUGUUCCUUGAAAUACAAGAGGAGGAUGGGUUAUUCAUUACAGCGAGAGGGCUGAGUAUUCACCGAGUACUGACAAGUUUCAUUAAGAUGUACUGCGACCCUGCCGCACUUGUGAUCGUCGUCAACUCAUCUAAGUAUGAAGAGGAUCGAAUUGUUGAAGAACUCAAGUCAGAAGGAGUUAUGCUUCCAAAAGUAAUAACAACAGAGUACAGCUCCUCUGAAAGAGAGUCCAUAUACUUGGGAGGUGGCGUGCUGUUUGUAACAUCUCGCAUAUUAGUAGUUGACAUGCUGACCAAGAGGAUACCAGUACAUCUGGUUUCUGGGAUGUUGGUUCUGAAGGCCCACAAAAUUAUUGAGUCUUGCCAAGAAGCAUUCAUCCUCAGGUUGUAUCGAGAAAACAACAAGACUGGUUUCAUCAAGGCUUUCUCUGAUCAGCCUACUGCCUUUAUGUCAGGUUAUUGCAAAGUGGAAAGAGUCAUGAAAAAUUUGUUUGUCAGAAAGCUCUCACUGUGGCCAAGAUUUCAUGCUGGUGUUUCUGCUUUGCUUGAGAGACAUAAGCCUGAUGUCGUAGAGCUCCACCUUCAAAUGACAUCAUUGAUGUUAGCCAAUCAAACAGCUUUAUUAGAUUUGAUUGACACCAGUUUAAGAGAGCUAAGGAGAGCAAACCCUUCACUUGACGCAGAUGAACUGUCAGUAGAAAAUUGUAUCAUCAAGUCCUUUGAUAAGGCACUUAGAGUGCUUCUUGAUCCAGUCUGGCACCAGCUGGGUGUUAAGACUAAACAACUAGUGGCAGACUUAAAGGUGCUUCGGCUUAUUUUAUUCUAUCUGACUCAGUAUGAUUGUGUUACUUUCUACAAGUUUCUUGAAUCCUUAAGGGCCAGUGAACGUGAGGUCACCCGGAAGUCACUAUGGCUGUUCAUGGAUGCUACAGACUCUCUGUUUGUGAAUGCGAAGGAAAGAGUCUAUGGAACUUCUAAUAACAAGCCAAAGGCUAAGAAGAUGAAAAAAGACAAAGAGCCUAAAAUGUCAAAAGCAUGUGAUGAUGAACCAUUGUUAGAAGAAAGCCCAAAGUGGAAGUUGCUUGCAGACAUCCUUAAAGAAAUUGAAGAAGACAAUGAAAAGAAUAAAAACCUUGGCCCGGGUCAUGUGUUGGUGGCAGCUUAUGAUGAGAGGACAUGUUACCAACUUAAGGAGUUCCUCUGCAAGGGGUCUAGGGCUCUCCUGACUCGACUACUGGAAAACAUGAACAAAAAUACUGGCAAGGGCGGGGCAGGGGAUAAUCCAUCGGAGCUACCUGUGCCCCCUCCCCUGACAGGAGACAGCGAGUCUGACCAUGAGCCAGCUGUAGAACCUCAACCACCUGCCAAGACUUCUUCAAGGAGCCGAAGAGGUAAAAGCAGAGGCGGGAGAGAAACCAAGGGGAAGGCAGAUGCUAAGCAAAAACGAAUCGACCAGGAUCUACCUGGAACCAGUAAAGAAAAACCGAAUAAGGCAAAACAAAAUAUUGAUGAAAAUGAUACCCAUAGAAACAUUAUCUUAAAGCUUGAGGGCGAGGUCUCUGAGGGGGCGGGGAGCCGGGUAAAGUUGCUGUCGUCACCUGUCAUAGUCAUCCACCCGCUGACAGGGUGCAGCGAUCCCUACAGUCUCAUCCACACGUUGUACGAGGUAGAGCCAAAAUACGUCGUGCUCUACGAUGCAGACAUCGAGUUUGUGCGGCAACUAGAGGUGUUCAAGGCCUCACGACCUGGUAUCCCCCUUCGAGUGUACUUCAUGAUCUACACUGGAUCUGUCGAGGAACAGAAAUACUUGACCACCUUGCGGAAAGAGAAGGAGGCUUUCGAGAAACUCAUCCGAGAAAAAGCUAGCAUGGUUACGCCUGAAGAGCAGGAGGGAAGAAGUUGGGCAGCAAUGGCACUUAGCCGAGACCCUUCCAAAGCGACAGACGCCGUGAAUACGCGCAAGGCUGGAGGCAGACAAACCGAGUCACAGGCACCAAGAAAGGUUAUUGUUGACAUGAGAGAGUUCCGUAGCGAGCUGCCUUCACUGAUCCACAGACGAGGAAUCGAUAUUGAGCCUGUGACACUAGAGGUUGGAGACUACAUACUCUCUCCCGACAUGUGUGUGGAGAGGAAAAGCGUCGGAGAUCUGAUUGGUUCUUUGAACAAUGGAAGAUUGUACAGUCAAGCAGUGGCAAUGACAAGAUACUACAAGCGACCCAUUCUACUCAUCGAAUUUGACCCGAACAAAUCCUUCUCACUACAGGCGAGGACAAGUCUAUCAGGAGAGAUCUCUAUACAGAAUGUGACAUCCAAGUUGACACUACUCACUAUACAUUUCCCCAAGCUGCGAAUCUUGUGGUGCCACAGUCCGUAUGCCACCGCUGAGCUCUUCGAUGAACUGAAGAUGAACCAUCCCGAACCCGACUCUACUGUUGCCGUCAACGUAGGAACAGAUUCUUCUACUGCCGCUGACCUUAAGUACAGCGUAGGCCCUCAGGAUUUUAUUCUAAAACUUCCUGGCAUCAACUCAAAGAAUUAUCGGUUCGUCAUGAACCAGACAAAAGACAUCCAGCAGCUGUGUAAUUUGUCUGAAGCGGAGCUCGCAAAGCUUCUAGGGAACAACAUCAGUGCUAAGGCAUUAUGGGAAUUCCUCCAUACCGACAAGAGAGGAGACGGAGCUUUAAGAAAACCUGGGACCAAGUCAAGGAAGUAGUGACGUCAUAGCUCGAAUUGCUUUCACGUGGAUGUAGCCGGGUGAAACAAGCAUCUUCAGUUCCGCCGAAACCAAUGGAAGCGAUAUGCUGCGGCAGCUAGAAUCGACAAUGGUAGAACCACGUCAAGCAUGAACAUAACUUGUUCAUAGCAAUAACCAUAACAGUCAACACGUUAUUAAUUAUACUAUUUCUUAUGUAACACAAAAACUACGCUAAUAGAAUAAAAAAAAACUAACUUUUGAA